AUGUCUCAGGUCUUCUUCGACGUCGAGUACGCCCCUGUGGGCACCGCUGAAACAUCGGCGAGGAACUGUGCUCAAAGCGGCCUCGAUGCAUUCGGUCUCCAAUCCAUACUUUCGAUUCUUUUUACUGACGGUAUCUUGCUUCGUGCCGUGACAGCCAAGGUCGGCCGUAUUGUGUUUAACCUCUUCGACAAGGAUGUCCCCAAGACCGCCAAGAACUUCCGUGAGCUCUGCAAGAGACCUGCCGGUGAAGGCUACAGGGAGUCUACUUUCCACCGCAUCAUCCCCAACUUCAUGAUCCAGGGUGGUGACUUCACUCGAGGCAAUGGCACUGGUGGUCGCUCUAUUUACGGAGACAAAUUUGCCGACGAGAACUUCAGCCGCAAGCACGACAAGAAGGGUAUCCUCUCCAUGGCCAACGCUGGUCCUAACACCAACGGCUCUCAGUUCUUCAUCACCACGGCUGUGACUUCCUGGCUCGAUGGCAAGCACGUUGUCUUUGGUGAAGUUGCGGAUGAGAAGUCCUACAGCGUCGUCAAGGAGAUCGAAGCUCUCGGAAGCAGCAGCGGUUCUGUCCGUUCCAACACUCGCCCCAAGAUUGUCAACUGUGGUGAGCUGUAA